UUGUCCAAGCCAGCAUUUCCUAAGAGGAGGGAGGAGCCCUUGGUGGGGAUAAAUAGGCUUUAGUGUGCCUGGGGAGAAAAACACACCAGGCAAGCGGCAGCCCUGAACAUCAGGAGUCACCUAUCACAGAGGCUGGCAGCUGGCUGGUAUCUGCUCUUCAGAACACAGAAGAUGGCCUUCAUUGCAGCUCUGGGGCUCUUGAUGGCUGGGAUCUGCCCUGCUGUCCUCUGCUUCCCAGAUGGCACAUUGGGAAAGGACACUCUACUCCAUGAAGACCAAGACAAUGGGACACAACUGGACAGUCUCGCAUUGGCAUCCAUCAACACUGACUUUGCCUUCAGCCUCUACAAGAAGCUGGUUUUGCAGGAUCCAGAUAAAAAUAUUGUCUUCUCUCCACUUAGCAUCUCAGCUGCCUUGGCCAUCCUGUCCCUGGGAGCAAAGGGCAACACCCUGCAAGAGAUUCUAGAAGGUCUCAAGUUCAAUCUCACAGAGACCCCUGAGGCAGACAUCCACCAGGGAUUUGGGCAUCUCCUACAGAGUCUCAGCCAGCCAAGGGACCAGGUGCAAAUCAGUAUAGGCAGUGCCAUGUUUAUUGAAAAGCGCCUGCAGAUCCUGGCAGAGUUCCAGGAGAAGGCAAAGACUCUAUACCAGGCUGAGGCCUUCACAGCUGAUUUCCAGCAGCCUCGUGAGGCCAAAAAGCUCAUCAAUGACUAUGUGAAGAAACAGACCCAGGGGAAGAUCAAGGAGCUGAUCUCAAACCUGGAUGAGAGGACAUCCAUGGUGCUGGUGAAUUACAUCUACUUUAAAGGCAAAUGGAAGGUGCCCUUUGACCCCCUUGACACAUUCAAGUCAGAGUUCUACUUGGAUGAGAAGAGAUCUGUGAAGGUGCCCAUGAUGAGCAUUGAGGACCUGACAACACCCUACUUCCGGGAUGAGGAGCUGAACUGCACUGUGGUGGAGCUGAAGUACACAGGAAAUGCCAGCGCCCUGUUUAUCCUCCCUGACCAGGGCAAGAUGCAGCAGGUGGAAGUCAGCUUGCAACCAGAGACCCUGAGGAAGUGGAAGGACUCUCUGAGGCCCAGGAUGAUAGAUGAUCUCCACCUGCCCAAGUUCUCCAUCUCUACUGACUACAGCCUGGAGGGCAUCCUUCCGGAACUGGGCAUCAGGGACAUCUUCUCCACAGAGGCUGACCUGUCUGCAAUUACAGGAGCCAAGAAUCUAAAAGUCUCUCAGGUGGUCCACAAGUCUGUGCUAGAUGUGGCUGAGACAGGGACAGAGGCAGCUGCUGCCACAGGAGUCAAAUUUAUCCCAAUGUCUGGAAAACUGAACCCUCUGACUGUAUAUUUCAACCGGCCUUUCCUGAUGAUCAUCUCUGACACAGAAACUGAAAUUGCCCCCUUUUUGGCCAAAAUAUCCAACCCCAAAUGAGACUAGAACACCCCCAAGUAUUGGUACUUCUUCCCAGGAGCCAGGCAUGGAGCUUGUCUAUGGGUCUCCGUGUGUAUUUUGGCUUCCACACUCUGAUUAGUCAUGGCAUGCCUGGAUUAGACAGUGACUAACUGUGUAACCACUGCGUGCACAGACGCCUGUGGGUAGACAGUGCCAUGCUCCCAGACUUCUUGGUAGCACUAGUUCAUGUUCCUGAGCCUGACAUUUGUCUUAUCCCCUGCCCCUGCUCUCUCCCUAUAUCCUCCUCAGCCCAAAAACCUGGGCCCCAUCAAGUAGGCUCAGUCCCAAUUUAGGCUCUGGUUAUGUCUCCUUUCAGCUUUGCUGUCUUGAUGGGACUGUGCAAGCUUACAGGCCAACCCAUAUGGACCAAGAGGAAAACUUGCUGCCCUGUGUCUAUCGGCAGCACCUGGGACCACUUGGUGCCCAGUCUGCCUCACUCUUUCCAUUCUCUAGGCUUUGCCUCCAGGCACUGUCCCUUGCAGGAUCUCCUCACCUCGUCCACAUCUAGCACAGAGUUCGAGCCCUCACUUCUACAGCUGCCUGGAGCCUGUUGGUCAGACCAGCUCCUCUCCCCCUGGCACUUCUACUUUGAGCAAAGUAGCCUUUCUUUUAGUUUCUAGCAGACCAACCUCCCACAAAAGAUGAACACCACCAACCAGAAUAAAGAGGUAGGAGCAAAGGAUCAAUAAAUGUAUAACUGCAUCGAA